AUGGCCCCUUUGCGGGAAGCAGUUGGAGCAGACAGGAGGAAAGUUAUGGUGAAAGUUCCAUUUUCACCUAAUGACUUAUUAAUCUGGAAACAGUCAGCUGGGACAUAUCGAGAAAAUCCGGAGCGGGUAGCUCGUAUUAUAAAAAUGGUUAUAAAAACUCAAAAUCCGGACUGGAAUGAUUUACAGGUAUUGUUAGAUACAAUUCUGGAUUCAACAGAGAAGGAAAUGGUAUUCAGGGUGAUGGUGGAAAAAGCGAAAGAAAGAAUUCGAACUUUGCCACGGGCAGCACGGGGAACAGUAAAUGAUUUUGUACCGCGAGAAGAUCCUGAGUGGGAUCCGAAUGUGUCUGGAGAUUAUAAAAAGUUAAGAAUUUACCAGGAAUUAUUGGUAGAAGGAGUACGAUGUGGGAUACCAAAAACACUAAACUGGUCAAAGUUAUACUCAGUAAGACAGGAUAAAGGGGAAUCUCCUUCAGCCUUCUUAGAGAGGUUAAAAGAGACAGCACGGAAAUAUACAAAUUUAGAUGUUGAAGAUGAAUCAGGAAAAUUGCAAUUAGCAUUGAUUUUUAUGGGACAAUCACAGGAAGACAUUAGGAAAAAGCUUCAGAAGUUAGAAGGUGGGGAGACAAGAGAUUUGGAAAAAUUAUUAGAAGUAGCCUGGAAAGUGUACAACAAUAGAGAAAAGGAAUCUACUAAGAGGCAGCAAGCAAGCUUAUUGGCACUUCUGCAAGCUCCAGGAGGGAAUAAUGGGGCCAGUAGCCAUAGAGGACGGGGUCGUGGAGUUUCAGGACAAAUAGAAGAAAAGACGUUUCUAAGACCCCUAGAUAUCAAAUUUAGAGGAAAAGAAUUAGAUCAUCAAUUUUUGUAUAUGCCCAACAGUCCUGAAUGUUUACUAGGAAGAGAUCUGCUCUCAGCCUUGCAAGCUAAAAUUAUAUUUGAAAAAGGAAGGGUCAAGAUAGAAAUUCCGGAAGAGAACUUAGCAAAAAUUUUUGUUGUAAAAGAGGUAGAAAAAGAGGAGAUACCGCAGGAAAUAGAACAGGCUGUAGUGCCCUGGGUAUGGGAAACAGGGGUCCCUGGAAAAUCCAAAGCUGCUACUCCAGUUAGAAUAGAAUUAAAAGAAGGAGCACAACCUGUUAGAGUGCGACAAUACCCAAUUAGUUUAGAAGCUAGGAAAGGAAUAGCCCCAAUGAUCUCACAGUUUCUAGUUUUAGGGAUAUUAAAAGAAUGUGAGUCAGAGUUUAAUACUCCCAUUUUUCCAGUAAGAAAGCCUAAUGGUAAGUAUAGGUUAGUACAAGACUUGAGAGCAGUAAACCUCAUUACAAAAGAUAUCCACCCAGUAGUAGCAAAUCCCUAUACUUUGUUAACAUCUGUUUCUGAGAGAUUUCAGUGGUUUACAGUGAUUGACUUGAAAGAUGCCUUCUUCUGCAUACCACUGGCACCAGAAAGUUGGAAGAUUUUUGCCUUUGAGUGGGAAAACCCAGAGACUGGACGAAAGCGACAGCUUACUUGGACUCGAUUACCACAAGGAUUCAAAUGUUCACCUACAAUAUUCGGUAAUCAGUUAGCAAAAGAACUUGAAGAAUGGAAGACUACUCAGGUAAAGGAAUCUCCUUUUUCAUAUAUAAUACUUCAGUAUGUUGAUGACAUCUUCCUGGGAGCUGCAGAACAGGGACUCUGUCGUCAGUUAACCAUUAAACUGUUAAACAUGCUGGGGCAAGCAGGCUACCGGGUUUCAAAAGAAAAGGCUCAACUAGUAAAACAGAAAGUUAUUUAUCUGGGAUGUGAAAUUUCUCAAGGAGUUCGGCGUUUGGGUGCAAAUCGUAUACAAGCAAUAUGUGCUAUCCCAGUACCCCGAAAUAAUCAAGAAUUAAGAUCUUUUCUAGGAAUGGUCGGAUGGUGCAGGCUGUGGAUUCCCAACUUUGGGCUGACUGCCAGACCAUUAUAUGAAGCAGUAAAAGAGCCCAAGCUGACCUGGGGGACGAAGCAGGAGAAAGCAUUCCAGGAACUGAAAAGAGCCCUCCAGGAAGCACCUGCCCUGGGACUACCAGACCUAACCAAAGAAUUCCAGCUUUAUGUCUGUGAGAGACAACGAACGGCUUUAGGAGUACUCACUCAGCGGUUGGGAUCCUGGAAGAGACCGGUGGGGUAUUUCUCCAAACAACUGGACGCAGUAAGUGGGGGAUGACCGGGGUGCCUCAGAGCCGUGGCAGCGACGGUUAUUCUAAUUCAAGAAGCACGAAAAUUGACUCUGGGGAAACACAUGGUGGUGUACGUGCCCCACAUGGUCAUAGCAGUUUUGGAACAAAAAGGGGGGCAUUGGCUCUCCUCUAGCCGUAUGUUACAAUAUCAGGCUCUGUUAAGAGAGCAAGAUGAUGUUGAACUGAAAAUCACUAACCAUCUCAACCCAGCAGAAUUCCUUAGGUCUACAAAGGAAGAAGGUGUCCUGGAGCACGACUGUGUAGAGACCAUUGAACAGGUCUACGCGAGUAGAAAAGACCUGAAGGAUGAACCACUGACAGAUCCUGACUGGGAGUUGUAUACUGACGGAUCUAGCUUUGUGGAGAAUGGCACCAGGUAUGCUGGGUAUGCAGUGGUCACUCUACAAGAAGUGAUAGAAGCAAAUGCACUACCCCCAGGUACGUCUGCACAAAAGGCCGAAAUUUGGGCAUUGGUGAGAGCUUUAAUACUAAGUCAAGGAAGGAGAGUUAAUAUAUGGACUGACUCCAAAUAUGCCUUUGGAGUAGUUCAUGUUCACGGAGCACUCUGGAAAGAGAGAGGACUUCUUACUUCUCAAGGGACAUCAAUUAAACAUCGAGAAGAAAUUUUACAAUUGCUAGAGGCAAUACACAAGCCUUCGGCAGUGGCAAUAAUGCAUGUCAGAGGACAUCAAACUGAUCCCGGACGAGAAUUUCAAGGUAAUCGACAGGCUGACCAAGCGGCUAAACAAGCCGCCAGAGAGCCCUAUCAUGCAGCUACCUAUCAAGGGGAUCCUCAUGUGGUGGGGGAUCAAGCAGUGUUUAACUAUGUGUUAUCCUUAAAUAAAACUCUCACAACCCUCAGAGGAGCGCUGCAGUGGAAUCGACCUCUGCCCCUGGAGAAUCCGGUUCAUGACAUUUCUCCAGGAGACCAAGUCUAUGUGAAGAACUGGUCGGUGGAACCAUUAAAGGAAACAUGGGACGGUCCUCGCCAGGUGAUAAUGACCACUUACACGGCGGUGAAGGUCGAGGGAAUCGACAAUUGGAUCCAUUACACCCGAAUCAAGAAGGUUCCAGUCUCGUGGUCGGUAGAACCUCUCUCACCUACAAGGAUGGUAUUUCGAGCCAACCAUUGA